AUGGCUUCUGUAAACAAAGAUAAAUUUGAUUGUCCACUACGGGAUGGAUUUGUAGUGCUGAAAAAAGAUAUCGCCUCAUUACCUCUUAAUCGACCAAUACGUGAUUUAGUAGAAUUACAAGGUUCGAUUCAAGAACUAAAUCGAUGCACUAACUGUCGUUCGGCCAAGGCUCAAUAUGCAUGUAACAAAUGUGAAAAUGAAUACUUUUGUUUAGCAUGUUAUGAAACUGUUCAUGCUCCUCCAGUAAUGCACAAACAUCAACGUCUUUCCAGUGAUCAAAAAUCAUCGGAAACUAUUCCAUGUAUUGCACAUCCUAAAAAGCCACUGGAAUAUUGGUGUCUCAUAUGUUCGACAUUUAUAUGUGUUGAUUGUCUUUUAUUUCAACAUGAAGAUCACAGUUAUGUUUUGUUUGAUGAUGUGAUACAAGGAUUAAAAAUCAAGAUAAAUAUUGAUUUACAAAGUAUUGAAUCCUCUUUAAAGUAUAAAAUCAAUCAAGCAGAAAUAUUAUUAAAUGCAAUUGAUAAUAAUAGUAAACUUAGUCGACAAAAGAUGACUGAAACUAUGGCAGAAAUGCGUCGAAUUAUUGAUGAACAUGAGAAAGAUAUGUUACAAAAGAUUUUGAAUACUGAAAAAGAACAGAAAAAACGACUUGAAAAUUAUAAAAUGCCAUUAAUGAAUGAACUUCAACGUUUGAAUAUACGAAAAGUGUCAUUCGCAAUGCUUUCAUCAAUUAGAAAUCAUACAAAAUUAUUAGAAGCCAAACAAGGAUUUGAUGAUUAUGUGAACGAAACAAAUGAAACAUUAAAAUCAUUGCAAACGCCAACUGUAACUGAAUAUUUUUUAGAAGGAAUCAACAAAUUUCCAAGUUUAAAAGAAAAAAUUCUUCAAUGUGGAAGAUAUGUUGAAGUUCCACUAUAUCGCAAUCUGCAACUUGAAGAAUUCAUUACUGAUAAUCGAAGAAACCAAGAACUUGAUUUAAAGUUUAGAGAUUUGACCGAUUCAGAUAUGAUGAUUGUGGCUGAUGUGUUACGACAAAACACGGCCCUCACUGAACUAUAUAUCGCAAAUAAUCAAAUCGGACAACAAGGAGCUCAACACAUUGCUGAAGCUCUUAAAACUAACAAAGUGCUCAUUGUACUCAGUCUCAAUGGAAAUGAAAUUGGACAACAAGGAGCUCAAUAUAUUGCUGAAGCUCUCAAAACUAAUAAAACACUCAUCACACUCGGUCUCACCGAAAACCAAAUAGGACAACAAGGAGCUCAAUAUAUUGCUGAAGCUCUAAAAGCUAACAAAACGCUCAUCAAACUGGGCCUCACCGAAAAUCAAAUCGGACAACAAGGAGUUCAACAUAUUACUGAAGCUCUAAAAACUAACAAAUCAACUAUUAUAAAUAGAUAA